CGGCAUGGAAUUGUGAACUAAUGUGUGGGGUGCAUUUUGAACAUUUGAUGACAGGAAAUGACUGACCAGAUAAGAAAUUGACAAUGUCCACAAAGCAUGAGCCGAGGCUCUGUCAAUGGCAAUGAACAGUCCUGCUGGCUGGGAUUUGUGGCGCACUUUUCCCACCUUCCAAUCAAACAUGCUUCAUGGAAAACAGUCCAGCACUGAGCCGGAAUUGCGAGGCACCAUGAUCAUGACAGUGAGCCACAUGCAUGUCUGAAUCUCCCAUGAGUCAAGAUUGUCUGGCUCUGACGCGGUGCGCCUCCUGUUGGCCGAUACCUAAAGUUCUGCCGCGUUUGGGAGAUGGUUCUUUUGUGCCCAACAUCAAUAAACGCGGAUAUCAGGGGUCGGCAUCUAGCCAGGGCCACAUUGUUGGGGAAUAUGAAAUAGUCUGAAAUGGCUUUACAGCUACAUUUUGUUUUUAUUUACAGAAUUCCACAUUUGCUCCUCGGAUGGGUAUAUGUAAAGCCGGAGUUGCACAGGUAGGAAUAAGUCUGCACUUGUUGCUGCAUCCGGUUAGCGCUCCCAUCUGGGUGAAGGAGGUUGCCUUUUUUUUUAAAAAAAACACUUCUUCUCGCUCUCUGCCUUUAACUGGACAGUUUCGCUUCCCUUUGCGCUCUCCCUGCGUCCGGGCAGGUAAACCAUUCUCCCCGAGCCAAUGACAGGCUGACAGAGCAGCCACUUUGGAAGGAUUUUGCUCCAAACAAAUUCUGUUUCAAUGUGUACUGAAAGCGGCAUGCAGAAUGCACAUCGAACGACGGUUUUGCUGAAGUGUGCACAGCAUUAGCACAGGGAUUCUGUGUAUGAGUGUGCACAGAGUUAGUGGGAGAACUUUGCACAGGAAUUGUGUUUGAAUUUGUACAGUAUUAGUGUGUGAAGUUUGUGUAUCACUGUUAUGUGGGUGUGAAGCGUGCUUGCUCACGGUGUGUGUAAGGUGUUCAGGAGACACACAAUAUUUUGCACAAUAAGGUUUUGCUUUUCACAGCUGUAUAUAACAGGGAAUUGCAAGUCACGCAGCCAAUUCCUUUGGCAGCCCUCCCUCAGCAGACUGCUUUAAAAAGAAACAGUCCACGCCUUAUCUUUUUUUUAAGAAAAGUCUUUCAGUGAGGUGUUUUUCUCCCUGAAAAGUGCUGAUCACCUGGAGCAGUUACGCGGUGCUGGCCGAGCGUGUGUCUGUGUGACUGGACAGGACUCCCCAGCCCGCUUCGCUUUUCACUCACUGACCGAAUUAUUUGUGUUUCUCGAGUUUGCUCGACUCCCGGAGCAAGGGCGUUCCUUCCUCUCCCUCUUUGCCGUUCAGGACGCUGGCUGGCCUGACACAGAAACGCCGCUGAGGGGAACCAGCGACUGAGUUGGACCAGGAAACGCGCUUUGAGUUCUCAGGGACUUGGCGUGGUUUGGAGCGGAUCCUUUUUGUAUCUCCCUCCCACCCUGUAUCCCUUGCUAGAUCUGCUCCGUGAUACUGAUAAGAGUUCCGCCGAUCUCCCUCUCCGUGUGUGAAUACAAUAAUAAGGGAGUCUCAGUCAAUUAAUCUCCAUUUGUGACUGUAACACUGGGGUUGGGGGGGAAUGUGACCCUGGCUGACUGAUCUUAAUUCUGACUUCGGUUUCCCUUUAACGGGGCUAGUCUUGCAUCAUUUAGAAUUUGAUAAGCACGUGAACACCUUUUUUUUAUCCGCCCCUUCCCACCUCCCCGUCUCGAACUAGUUUCAGAUCUUUGUGGAUUUGACUUUUUUUUAUUGCCUUAAACAUAUUUCCUCGCCAGUUUGUCCUCUCUCCCAGUUGGCUGCUCGCCGUGUCUACUGAGCGGCAAGGAGUCUCCCUGUGUGUGUGUGUGUGUGUUAGGGAAGGGGUGGUGGGGGGGGGAGUCUGUGCAAAGCUUUUAUUGGCUCGGGAUUUUUUUAGGAAAUGGCAACGCCAGACAUUGCAACAGGAACCGUGUAUCCGCAUGCGGCGAGAGGAAGCUAAAGGAUGAGCUUGCUGAUCGUCCACAAUCCCCCAAACUAACCAAUUCAGCUCAAGUCUGCUGUUCGUUGUUGUUGACGGCGUUCCUGUCUCUCCCUCUCCGUCGCUGGGAGUGUGUGUGCGCGCUGUUUUCCUUCGCCAUCUCCACUUGCCAAAUGGGGAAGCACCAAGUCUCUCUCUACCUCCUGGCCGUGGCGAUCGGUGUGUCCAGGGCGCUCCGAAACGAUCGGUGUGGGGAUACUAUACAAAUCACCAUUCCUGGCUACCUGAACUCUCCGGGAUAUCCAAACUCUUACUACCCCAGGGAAAGCUGUGCCUGGGUGAUCCAAGCACCCGAAGCUUACCAACGGAUAAUGAUCAAUUUCAACCCUCACUUUGAUCUGGAGGACCGGGACUGCAAAUAUGAUUUUGUGGAGGUACGAGACGGUGGAGAUGAGAAAGCACCAUCCCUGGGAAAAUUCUGUGGGAAGAUUGCCCCUUCUCCACAGAUCUCCACAGGACCACUGCUAUAUGUAAAGUUUGUGUCCGACUAUGAAACACACGGAGCUGGCUUCUCCAUCCGUUAUGAAAUUUUCAAAACAGGGCCAGAAUGUUCCAAAAAUCUCACUGCACAAAGUGGAGAGAUAAAAUCACCUGGAUUUCCUGAUAAAUAUCCAAACAAUUUGGAAUGCACCUACAUGAUCUUUGCACCAGCAAUGGCAGAGAUCCAUCUGGAUUUUGCAAGCUUUGACCUGGAACCGGAUGAUAAUGUACGGGAAGGAAUGUUGUGUCGUUUUGAUAGGCUAGAAGUCUGGGAUGGUUUUCCAGGAGUUGGUCUUCAUAUAGGACGUUUCUGUGGACCUUAUGUUCCUGGUCAUAUUCGUUCACGUACUGGAAUUCUGUCUUUAACGCUGCACACAGAUACUGCAAUCGCCAGAGAUGGCUUUUCUGCAAACUAUUCCAUUGUCCAGAGGAAUUUAUCUGAAAAUGUUUACUGUAAUGAAUCACUCGGCAUGGAAUCGGGCAAGAUUCAUGCAGAUCAAAUUAUGAGUUCCAGCAAUUAUAAUUUCAACUGGUCUCCAGAAAGAUCAAGACUAAAUUACCCCGAAAAUGCAUGGACACCAUCUUCGGAUUCCAGCAAGGAAUGGAUACAGGUGGACCUGGGUUUCUUGCAACACGUUUCUGCCAUAGCAACGCAAGGUGCUAUCUCCAAAGAAACUCAGCGGAUGUAUUUCAUCAAAACCUACAAAGUGGAUGUGAGCUCCAAUGGCGAAGACUGGAUAACUGUGAAAGAACGGGGUAAACAAAAGAUAUUCCAAGGUAACACCAAUCCCAAAGACAUUGCUUUAAGGCAGUUUCCUCAGACAAUCUUGACACGAUAUGUUCGCAUAAGGCCACAGACAUGGGAGGGUGGUGUUGCACUUCGGUUCGAACUAUAUGGAUGCAAGAUUUCAGAUUAUCCCUGCUCUGGAAUGUUAGGAAUGGUAUCAGGACUCAUCUCUGAUAGCCAGAUUACAGGCUCAUCCUCCAUGGAUCGAUAUUGGGGUCCUGAACAUGCACGGCUUCUCACCAGCAGAGCAGGCUGGGCAUUAAAACCGAGCCUUCCUUCAUACAAUAACGAAUGGUUAGAGAUAGACCUGGGAGUGGAGAAAGAGGUGCGCAGCUUGAUCAUUCAGGGAGUCAAGCUGAGGGACAAUAAGGUGUUCAUGCGGAAGUUCAAGCUCGGCUACAGCACAAAUGGAUCAGACUGGAAGUUGGUAACAAAUCCUGGCAGCUCCAAACCAAAGACAUUUGAAGGAAAUACCAACUAUGAUACGCCAGAAAUUCGGAAAUUUGAACCAUUGUUAACAAGAUACAUUCGUAUCUACCCUGAGCGAGCAUCGGCAGCUGGGCUGGGCCUGCGUAUGGAGUUGCUGGGUUGUGAUAUUGAAGUCCCAACCUCCCCACCAACGUUGGAUUCUGAUGAGUGUGACGAAGAGUUUGGGAACUGCCACAGUGGAACAGGUGAUGGCUUCGACUUUACAGGUAGCAACACUGCCCUAGGAACAGAGGAACCAACGUUACCUGAAUUACCUGGGUUCCCAGCUGUCUUCUCUCCCUUUGAUGAGGUGCCUGGAUUCAACUGCAAGUUUGGGAGUAUAGCCCUGAAGAGUUUCUGUGAUUGGCACCUUGAUAAAUCUGCAGACUUUCUAUGGAAAGUACAUACAGGGAAAGGAGAAUCCUCUAAUACAGGACCAGCAGGGAAUUAUACAAUGGGGAAAGACCAUUUUAUUUAUACUGAAAUAAUUGGACAAAAAGAAGGACAAGUUGCCCGACUCUGGAGCCCUCAACUGUUGCCCAUCCAUUCGGGACGUUGUCUGGUCUUUUGGUACCAAAUCCAUGGCACACAUAGCAGCAGUUUAAAUGUGAUUCAGAGAAAACCAUCCAUUGAUAUAAACCCUGAGGUUCUUUGGACCAUCAGAGGAUCGCAGGGCAACCAUUGGCAAGAAGGUCGGGUGCUCCUUCCUCGAUCACUAGACAACUCUCAGGUGGGCCUGGAAGUAAUGGUUGGAAGAGGAAUCCAGGGAGGUGUGGCAGUGCAUGAUGUGGAGAUAGCGAGCAGCCGGAAUGCGAUUGAUUGCAUGGCUCCCAGGGAUGUCGUUCCAGGUUCGGAUGGUUCUGCAGCAAUCUUUCCCACUACUGUGAACCCUGAAGAUCCCACUGACAAAACCUUUUUUGAGAAUUCUGGAAAUGUACUGAAGACUCUUGACCCUAUCCUUAUUACGAUCAUAGCUAUGAGUGCAUUGGGUGUCAUUCUGGGGGCUAUCUGCGGGGUUGUCCUAUACUGUGCCUGUUGGCACAGUGCACUGGCUGAAAGGAAUCUAUCUGCUCUCGAGAGCUACAAUUUCGAACUGGUGGAUGGAGUGAAACUGAAAAAGGACAAACUGAACUCACAGAACUCAUACUCUGAGGCGUGAGAAAAAAGCAGUCGAGGGGUUUAAAGUGGCUGUGGAAGAAUGUCUGAAACUGUGGAAUUCUUUGAGUUUUUUUUGUAUAAUUGUUUGUCUUAGGAAAGACAAGAAGAGCUCUGGAUAAUGCUGGUCUGUGACUGAGCCAAGCUUUUCUCAGGAGCAACUGAUGAAGCAAUCAAACGGGAUGCUAUGUAUAAAAAAUGAAUUAUGUACAGUUGGCUUUUUAAUUUUUAAAUUAAAGUUUUAAAUAAACAAAUGCUGGUGUUGAGACCAAGUAAGAUCAUUUUACAAGUAUUUAUCGUUUUCUGUAAAGAGUUAUAAAUUUGUAUCAUUCUAUUUGUAUAAUGACUUAGCUUCAUAAAAUAUGUUUCCAAAGGGCUUUAAAAACCUAUGUUUUUGUAUAUUAGUCCAGAUUUUAUACUUUGAGUAUACAGUAUAUUGAUUUUCCCCACCUUCUUCCUAUUUUGAGAAAAAUUAGCAUUUAGCCUCGUUGAACACUGAGGGUGCUGUGACCUUUAUAACAAGAGUAAAUGAUAUGAUUUGGUAACAUGCUACACAGGGCAACUGUCUGUACGCUGAUAACAUUGUGAUUGGCUUCAGGCCAGUGGCCUGGAUUUACAAUUGCUUGCACUGAAAUAUGCGCUACAAGGUUGAUUUCUUUUUCCCUUCUCUGUUAGGAGAGUGUGCUAAAAGGACAGUGUUAGAGACAGAUUUGAUUCUACAUUAUUUCUGUUUAUGCAAUAUUAGUUUAAACAAAAAAAAGAAAAAAAAGUUUUGUUAUUGAAAAAUUAUUAAAGAUAUCUAUAAUUAUAUGGUUGACGUUUCUUGUAUGGUAUUGUUUCAUGUUUUGUAUCGCUGUGAAAAUUUCUCUUCUGGAUUGUUUUUCCUAUAAAAAAAUUUAUUGGCAUUAUUGCUUGAGUAAAUUGUUGCUUUGAAACUGAAGAGAAAAAAAUAGCCUUAACUCAAAAUGUUUGUAUUCUUGACACACAGGAAGCCUAGACAAUUCACACUGUUGUGUUGUAUCUUGUACUCAAAUCUAUGACUACUGCCUUCCAAAGAUUCAAUUAAAUUUAAUCUUUUCCUACAGUACUCUAUUUGUGGUUUGUUGUAGUGGGACCUCAGAGUCCAGUCUAUUCAUGAGCUGCAGUGUCCCAUAAUUUCCAUGAAUGGACCAUUAACACCGUGCUAAUCACCACACUAGCAAUUCCUGGCAUUAACAGGGUCAGAGUUCGUGUAAUGUAACAGUAACACUAAGUCACACUAAAACAGAUGAGCAGUGGGAGAUGUCGCUGUAUUAAUUGUCAAUAAACAAUGAGACAGUUAAUAGUGCCACAAAUCAGUACUUAAAUAUGUUAAAUUUCUAAAACAUCGUUGGAUGCUAAAAGAAUCGGGAACAAACAGUAUCUUUUUAAACAAGUUAUUCUGGAACACUGCAGAUUCAAAUGACGAAUUUGUCACUUUGUCUUGUGUGAUUGCAAAUGGCAUUCUUGCAAUUUGAAUUUAUACUGAGAUUCCUGCUGUAUUGCUGAAGAAGGUUUUUAACAUUAUAUGUCACUGUGUACUGUUAACUUACCUUAAUGGGAGAAAGGCAUGAUCCAAAGUGAGAUAUAUGGGGGAAAUAAAAAAAUGAUAUGGAGAAAAUAAUGUAUUAUUUUUGACUGAAAGCAGUAUUCAAAUAGCAUUCUGUAGGAUUUGUAAAACUGUUUAGGAAUCCAUGUGGUACAUGAUAAGACUUGCUGCCCAAUAUAUGUGGCCCACCUUUGAUGACUUACCUGACUAAUGAAUGUUGAGAGCCGGGUUCAAUACUGUUUCCUCUCUGUCUCUCCCUGUCUUGCAGUUCAGUAAGUGAAAUCAAAGACAUAACGAUUAGGAGACAGCUAACUCAGUCUCCAUGACAUGGUCAAAAGGGUCCCAGUGGGAAAGUGCUUGGUCACCACUUUAAUUGCCUAGAAUUGUGUAACUAAAACUUAGUACAUGGAGAAUCAUUGAAACAGGCUUCCGUCACACAGCUUUAAGGCUCAAAAGUAGCCCUUGUAAAAGCCCUGCCUGAAAUAUUUGUGAUGAACAGAAAGGUAGCAAGGAGCAUUGAGUUAUUGAGAAAUUCCACCAUGUGAGUGGACAGGAAAUGGCUCCAAGAGUUUCCAUUGAUAUUCCAGAAAUUGAACAUCAUUUAUGUUUUAUCUGGAACAACAACCUCAAAACAAUUGGACAUAAAGUUUUCAAAUGGAAGGCACUUAAUGUCACCUGGAAUGUAAGAUAAAUACUUCUAGUGAGUUGAAUUGAAAAUGUAAAACAAUUAGCCUUCAAAUAGUAAUAGACAUUCCAACAAUGACGUUUGAAGUAAUAUUCCAUAAUGUAAAAAAAGCAACAAUAAAAAUGCUGUCUCUUCACCAUAAGCCUUUCCUGCUCGAGAUUGGGCAAUAAUGUCUGGAGGUCUUAAUGAAAAUAAUAGAGACCCCUGUGAAAGUUUAGAUUUAAGACAGUGAAACCACCUUAAAGAGAAAUUGAAAGUCCUCUCUUUCUUUGUAAUUUUCAUAUUUGUUUGUAUUUUAUCAAAGGAAGAUCUGUGAUAUGUAUAUAUUUCUAUGCUGUGUAUUAAACAGAAGGGUUUUCACAACA